CUAGAUCCUUUAUGCUUCUGGGAAGGUCUACAUGGUUUUUUUUAUUAUAAUAAGUUUUUGGUUUGCCUUUUAUAUGGCAAGUUUGUUCUUGGGCAUUCUUGCUGUGUCCUAUGAAGAAGAGAAGCAGGCAGCCACUGAAAAAUCUCAGAAGAUUGAAUCGAAAUUUCAGGAUACUUUAAAAGAACUUCAAGAAGGGAACGGAGCAGCUGAGACCAAGACCACAGAAAUAGAAAUGAAGAAAAGAUCACCAACUUCUAUAAUCACUUCUUUGGAUGUGUUGGAUGAUGCUACUAUCAGACAUGGAGAAGAACAUAAAAAACCCCAGAAGAGAUGCCUAUUGUGUUGGUAUAGCUUUGCUAAAACUCUCUUGAUCUGGAAUUGUUCUCCCUGUUGGUUAAAAUUGAAAGAGUUUGUCUAUGUGAUUAUAACACACCCAUUUACUGAUCUGUUUUUCUUCAUAUGCAUAAUUCUAAACAUACAUUUUUUGGCCUUGGAAUGUUAUCCAAUGAGUGAUAAAACCAUCAAUGUUCUCAGCAUUGGAAACCUGGUUUUUAUUGGAAUUUUCACAGCAGAAAUGAUUUUUAAAAUAAUUGCCAUGCAUCCCUAUGGGUAUUUCCAAGUAGGCUGGAACGUUUUUGAUAGCCUAAUUGUGGCCCUUGGUUUAGCAGAGCUUUAUCUAGCAAAUGUUGAUGGAAUAGCUCUUUUUGGAUCAUUCAAGGUG